AUAGCAUCUUCUAGAGAUGAUUCACAGGACAAUCACAUAUACUGCCCGGUAUAGGACGGCAGCCAGCCGGAUGAUGUGAAGCACUUUCAGAAGCUGGGUGAGAGAGGAGAGCCCGUGGUCAUCGGAAUGUUGUCAAGAAAAUGUCGGAGUUCAGCUGGGAGCAGCCAAAGAUGUGGUCUGCACUGAAUGGUUAUGGCAGGCGUUCAGAACUGAAGAAUGUGAAAGCCAUCGACUGCCUUGAUUUGUGUGAGGUUAAAAUGCACAAAAGUGAGUUCUUCAAAGGGUAUUAUGAAGGCACGAGGCAUCACAAUCAAUGGCCACAAAUGCUGAAGCUGAAGGAUUGGCCUCCCUCAGCACACUUAGAAGAUCUUUUACCGGCACAUGGAAGCAAAUAUAUAAACUCAGUGCCUUUUCAACCUUACACAAACCCGAAAUCAGGUGUGACAAUCUCUAUGUUACUUCCUGAUGGCAUCAUAAAGGUCGAUCUGGGCCCAAAAUCUUAUAUAGCGUAUGGCUUCACACAAGAGCUUGGCAGAGGGGAUUCGGUCACAAAGCUUCACUGCGAUAUAUCCGAUGCUAUCAAUGUUCUUAUGCAUACCACCAAGGUUCCCCCUUCUAACGAGCACCAAGAAAAUGCAAUUGUUGAGCUUAAAAGAAAACACAGGGUUCAGGAUAGGAAGGAAUUGGGGAGCCGUGAUGGUGGUGAUGAUACACAAGAUAAGCCAUCACCUAAAUAUAUGGAGGAUAAAGAAGGCGCUCUUUGGGACAUAUUUAGAAGAGAAGAUGUCCCAAAAUUAAAAGAAUAUCUCAUACAACACUCAAAGGAGUUCCGCCAUACCCAUUGCUCCAAAGUAAACAGGGUGUAUAACCCAGUGCAUGAUGAGACAUUUAAUCUGAUAAGAGAGCACAUAAGGAAGCUCAAAGAGGAAUGCGGAGUAGAGCCUUGGACCAUAGUAGAGAAGCUUGGGGAAGCUGUUUUCGUACCCGCUGGUUGUCCUCAUCAAGUGCGCAAUCUUCAGUCCUGUACAAAGACUGCUCUAGACUUCGUUUCACUAGAAAAUAUUAGAGAAUGUGUACACUUGACCGAAGACUUCCGUAUGCUGCCCAACGUACAUAGGGCAAAGGCGGAUAAAUUAGAGGGUCUUUUGAAGCAGCCUGUUCAAAGUGAUAAUGACAACAAGAAAUUGGAUGACACUCCAAUUAGGAAACAAUGA